AAGGGAAAAAAUGCAAUUGCAAAGGGAAAGAGAAGUUUACCUUGCAAAGCAAGUUUGCCAUUCACUUCACCAGAUUAUUGUUGUUAUUUGCUCUUCACCCUUUGAAUGCUAAAGCAUGCAAAUGACCCCUAACGGCAGGCAUAACCCUCUGCCCACAAUGUCCCUGCCUGUAUCCCUGCACACACACACAAAGAGGAUGCUAAACACGGCAUGGAAAUGCAGAAGGAUAAUUGAUUCUCUGACGUGUGGAAGCCCACAGGACUCCUGAGGGAGCACAGGUAUAAAAGGAGGAGAUGCACCUCGCUGGCAGCCAGAGGACAGCUGGGGGAGAUCCGAGUGUCCUCCUUGCUCAGCACGUGUCUGGUACCCAAGACCCCACAGGGCUCACAGAGGCAGCUCUAGAGAAGAAGUUGUGUUUGCAACAGGGGAAGGAAGCACCCGGGCAGGAGCCGAUCGAGGGAGCGCCUGUUUUCUAAGGGUGACUCCAAAGGGUAGAAGAUGCUGGAUAAGGCCACCCUGCUCCUGUUCCUGCAUUUAGUCACAUGCUCCAUCUCCUCUCCUCUCUACCCAGCUCUCAGGUACAGUCCAGGGCUGGUUGCUGGCAAGGCCAUGAACUUCCAGCUACAGCGCAGCAGCCCAUUGCAGAGCCAUAACCCCUCAGGAAAGGAACAGGAGGAGGAGGGUUUAUUAACAGACCCCACUGAGAAAAGGACGCAGCGCCACGCGGAUGCCAUAUUCACUGACAACUACCGCAAGUUCCUGGGGCAGAUUUCUGCCCGCAAGUUCUUACAGACCAUCAUUGGCAAACGCCUCGGCAGCAGUGAGAGUAGCCCGGGAGAAAGGGUACAUGGAUUCCUGACAAGGCGCCAGUCUGACAGCAUCCUGAUGGACAGCCGCUAUCACCAGCACAUGGUUCUGCUGGACUUCCUGGGAGCCAUUCUGCAGAAUCAGAGGCCUCAGGACAUCUCCAGCAGUCAGUUAGAAAGCUUUCCCAGCACCCUGGCUAAGCUCAUGUAAAUAUUUCUCCCUUUUCCAUCUCCCCAUGCUCUGAAUAACUCAGAGCUCUUGGGCCUGACUGUACAGUCACCUCCACAGCAAGGAAGACGUUCCCAGGUGUGAGCAGCUAGACACUGAUGCAUAUGCUCCUCAGAUCUGUUCAAAGGAACGCACUUCUGAUGCAUCACUUCAUUUACUUCAGUCUUUAGAGUCUCACUGCCCUCUCUAAAUACUGGUCUGUGUACUGAAUCAGACAAAAACCCCACCUCCAUGGCUUAACCUCAGGCUGCUUUACAUACAAAACCUAAACCAACCAGUACACUUGUGAUCCUGGGGACAUACUGUCUACUGAUUAAGGCUUUCAAAGCACAAAGAAGAGCAAAAUUUCUGCCAAGUCAUCACUCUGUUUGAGGGCCUAAUUAAUGAAGCCACCCAAAGGCUCCUUUAGGCAACUUUGUACAUUGAUUGCAGCCUCCUCUAAAUAGAUGCUGAUGGCACAACCACACGCAGCUUGGAUCAGGGGGAGGCAAGACAUGAAUCCACAUGUCUACCACCCAUUAGAAACACCGCUGUGGGCUGCUACUGUCUCCUUGGCACCAAAACCGAACUCUAAAAUGCUCAGCUAAAGUUCCUGCUCAGCCUUGAGGUGUCCAAACUGAAGCUAAGCUCUGCAAGAGUUAAAGGGAGAUCCCUGUGCAUCAGAUUGGGCUGGCACUGUUUUAAUUCAAUGUGCCAGCCAGUGGCUCUGAACACGGUGGCAAGUUACAACUGUAAAUGUUUAUUAACCCAGUGCUCUCAUGCAGCUCCUUCCUUCCCUGUCAGUCCAACUCUGUUGUUUGUGUAAUAAUUAUGUCUUCAGAAAUGUAAAUAACAUCACGAUGGGGGCUGCUUUCCCCCCCAAUUAGCAAGAAAUAAAAGUUGUUCUAAAUAAACCUGUCCAACAGCA